GCGGGGCCCGGAAGAGACGCCGGAAGUGUCGCCCGGAGCACCCGCUCGGGGCCGCUCUGGCCGCCGCUCUCGGUGGCGGCGCGUUGGGGAAGGCGGGGGGACCAUAGAGAUGAGCGGGCAGACAGGCGCCCGCCAAGAUGGCGACGCCCAGUGACAAGGAGGGGGCGGUGGGGCCCAGGUGCCACCAGCGCUCCAUGGCCAUGCUGGACAUUUCCUUCCCACCUUUCUGUGCCUUCCUGGGAUCCCUGGGCUUGCUCUGCGUGGCCCUGGUGGGCACCUGGUGCCAGCACUGGCGAGGGGGCUUUUCCCUGGAUGGUGGAUCCCGGACUUUCAACUGGCACCCGGUGCUGAUGGUGACGGGAUUGGUGGUCCUCUACGGAGCAGCCGCCCUGGUUUACCGCGUUCCCAACACCUGGAACGGCCCCAAGCUUCCCUGGAAGCUGCUGCACGGCGGCCUGGCUUUGGGAGCAUUCGUCCUCACUGUGCUGGGCUUGGCAGCCGUGUUCCGCUUCCAUAAUUCCAACGGGACGCCCAACAUGUACUCCCUGCACAGCUGGAUGGGGCUGGGAACCAUCCUGCUCUUCUCCUGCCAGUGGGCAGCGGGAUUUGGAGCGUUCCUGCUUCCCUGGGCUCCCGCCUGGCUCCGGCAGCUCUACAAGCCCAUCCAUGUUUUCUUUGGCUCCACCAUCCUCAUGUUGUCCGUGGCUUCCUGUGUGUCGGGAAUCAAUGAGAAACUUUUCUUCAGCCUGAAAAACGGGACCACGCAGUACAAGCUCCUUCCCGCCGAGGCCGUGUUUGCCAACACUUUGGGAAUCCUGAUCCUGCUUUUUGGGGUGCUGGUGGUGGCUGCCCUGGCCAGGCCCAGUUGGAAGCGCCCGGAUUCCAACUCCCUGGAUUCCCGCCAGCCCCUGCUCUCUGCCGAGCGCUGAUCCCAAAGGAUCUCUCAGCACUCCUGAGGUGUUUCCUGCACCCUUGCCAUCCCAAGGAUUUCCCAGCGCUCCCAGGGUGUAUCCUGCAUCUUCGUGCCUCCAGGUGCCAGAUCCUGCCUGGAUAACCAGCUGUGCCAAACCCCAGCCCUUCCCGGUGCCAUUCUGGAGCUGCCAGAGCCUUGUCAGGACAAAGAGGAACAUCCGUGUUAUUCCCAUGUGUCACUCCCACCCCAGGGGAUCUGGCUCAGCAGGACAGGGAUGGAGCCACUCAGGGCCAUGGAAUAAAACAGCAGCUUCUGCAGGAAUCCUGCACUCAACUCCAGGGGGAUAAGUGGAGCCAGGGUGGGAUUGGUGGAAGCAGUGGGAUCUCGGGAGCAGGUCCUGGCCAAGCGAAGCUGUGCCUUCCAAGGGCUCCUCUGCUCCCUGGGAACGUGGGAUAGAUCCCCGGGGUCACCCCACGGGAUUUGGGAUCACGCUGUGCCCCUUCCCAGCUUCUCCUUUCCCAGGAUCCCUCCGGCCCCCGUGGCCAGAGCCAUGUGAGCCCUGUGCUUCCCCCUCCGCACCCCAGAGUGGGGUUUCCUUCCUCCCCCACUGUCACACGAUCCCUCUUCCUGUCCCCCUUCCCGGCCUGGAGCAGUGGAGGGACACAGGGGGCU